AUGGACGGACAGCAGCGCAACGAGCGCGCGGGACAGAACGUCCAGAACGGCAGGAUGUCGGUGAAUGGAGCACAGCCCGCCGUAGGCCCACGUAGGCGGAAUGACGGUCAGUUACCGGAAGGACACCAUCAUUUCGGUGAGGUUGAUGACGAAAUGCUCACACAAAACCGUGUAGAAUCAUGGGUCGAGAUCUCAUCGCAGCCAUCCUCGUCGUCCCUCUCGUCCAUCGGCGACGAGAUCGUCACGACGGGCCUUCGCGUCGGCGGGUCCAUGGCAGCCCGCCGACGUCGCUUACAUCACCAGAGCCAGCCCGUGCCGCGGUCCUUCCACGUCGACCAGACGGCCAUCCAUGCCGGCACGAGCAGCCAGGAGGAAUAUGAGGAGAGCGAAAGCGAGGAGGACCAGUGUCUGACGAGCUCGACCGAGAACGUCCAGCCUUCCGUGCGUGCGCCUUUCCACCAACAGCAACAGGUGCCAGAGGAGUCGGGAGAUUCUGACGACAGCGACGAGAUCGCCACGGCCCUGGGACGUGUUCCCGACGAUCCCGUCUUCAGGCCUCAACCAAAUGCCUUUUCUCACCCGCCAUCGGGCUUGAACAGAAGCCACUCGGCCAACUCGGCGAUCCACCAACACCCGCACAGCGGCGUACGGCCUACACUCUCACAGCGAUCUCAGACCAGAGUCCAUCGCGGACCGCCGAACUUCAUGUCUCCCGCCUAUCAAGCCGACAAUGACGCGGCUCUGCGCGCUUCACUCACCACCCUGCUGUCCUGCGCCGCUGCCGCCCGUGGUCUGCCCAAGUAUAAGGACGCUGAGCGACAAGGCGCUCCGCCGGCGCACGCCGGAGUCGGACCUAGCUCUCAACCUGUUGAGUUACGGCUGAUGCCCGAAUCCGAGCUCAUGGCUGAGAGACCUACCCAAGCUCAAGGCGCUCCUUCUGCCAAGUCACCCGCCGCGCGUUCAAGAACGACAACGCCUCCUGCCCCUUCGUCGCCCAAGAGCGAGGGCGUCGAGAAGCACAAGCGCACUUCUUCACAAACACGCUCGUCGAGGGCGGCCAAGAAGAAGAAGGUCUCAGCGAGCGACGACGCCCUCAUCAGCCCGACAUUGCUGACCUGGGUGGUGAGCGCUGGUGUCGUGGUGCUGGUGUCCGUGGUAGGAUUUGGCGCUGGCUAUGUGAUCGGCCGCGAAGUAGGACGGCAGGAGGCCCUCUCGGCGGGAGUAAGCGUCAACGCCUCGACCGUGGCAGACUCUUCGUCGUGCGGACGAGAAGUUAUUCGGUCCUCCGGCGGCGGUCUUCGCCGCCUCAGGUGGGGGGCAGGUGUUGGCCGAAGCGUCGUCGCCUGA